GUCAAUGUAAGCACACAUGUGCCGGUGAACACAGCUGACAGAAGGAUAUCACACAACUUUAACACAGAAGAAGAAGAGGAAGAAGAAAGAAAGACACAAAGAAAGAAAGGAAAAAAGACAGAAAUCUAUCUACAGAGUUACAUCAUAAACAUCAUGGCUCCCAGUUUGUCUCAGGCGUACAGGAGGAGGUGGUGGAUGGCGAUCACAGCCAUCAUAGAGAACCUACUGUGCUCCGCCGUUCUGCUGGGCUGGGGCUCUCUGCUCAUCAUGCUGAAGAGUGAAGGCUUCUAUUCAAGCCUCUGUGUCGAAAAUGAGACUGUCAGUGUCAACGUUUCCUCCAUGGAGAGCGGUCACUGGCGAAGUUGUGUGGAGCAGGAGGAGGUGUUAAACCUGGGCUUCACCAUCGGCUCGUUUCUCUUGAGUGCUGCCACCUUACCGCUCGGGAUCCUGAUGGACAAAUAUGGACCACGCCCACUGAGGCUCUUUGGGAGUGCCUGUUUUGCAGCCUCCUGUGCAAUGAUAGCUGCUGCAACGUACGACCCUGACAUGCUGUCUGUCCUCAUCUUCCUCGCUGUCUCCUUCAAUGGCUUUGGAGGAAUCUGCCUGACCUUCACCUCACUCACACUGCCUAACAUGUUUGGAAAUGUUCGGUCAACGGUCCUCUCCCUGAUGAUCGGUUCCUACGCUUCUUCAGCCGUCACAUUCCCCGGGGUCAAGGUGAUUUACGACCUCGGCGUGUCGUUCCACAUCAUCAUGUGGGUGUGGUCUGGUAUAGCCUGCAUGGUUUUCCUCAACUGCUUCCUGAAUUGGCCCGUUGAAUCUUUCCCUGCACCCGAAGACAUCAGAUACACUAAAAAGGUGAAGCUGAGUGGGAUCGUGACGGAGGACAAGAUGACCGGGGAAACCUACGUCACCCAUGUGAGCGUCAUGGAAGACAUGAUGGGAGCCAAGCAGCCAGAAGCCGAGAAGACGGACUCACAAGGAACGACUCAGGCCCCACUGCCGCUCUGUCACUCUAUGUGUUCUCCCAUCUUCCUGUGGAGUGUCAUCACCAUGGCGAUGACUCAGUUGAGGUUGAUUUUCUUCAUGGGUGCCAUGAACAAGAUGCUGGAGUUUCUAGUCACCUACGGCGACCCUAACCCCUCAGAGGAGCUGCAGAUGGAGGCAAAGGACCAAGUGGGUUUCUACUCGUCGAUAUUCGGCACGAUGCAGCUCCUGUGUCUGCUGACCUGUCCUCUGAUUGGAUACAUCAUGGACUGGAGGAUGAAGGAGUGUGAGGAGGAAAAUGCAAACACACAAUCUGAAAAGAGCCAAUCAGAUCCACCAAAAAGAGACAGAAAGAUCCAGAAACUGACCAAUGCCAUGAGAGCUUUCAUCUUCACCAACCUCCUACUGGUCUCGUUUGGAAUCAUUUCCCUGAUUGACAACCUGCCCAUUCAGGUGGUGUCGUUUGUCCUGCAUACCAUAGUUAGAGGAUUUAUUCACUCCUGCUGUGGGGGUCUCUAUGCUGCUGUGUAUCCUGCUAACCACUUUGGGACGCUGACAGGUAUGCAGUCAAUGAUCAGCGCUGCAUUUGCGUUGCUCCAGCAGCCACUGUUCAUCCUGAUGGUGGGACACCUGAGAGGAGAUCCCUACUGGAUCAACCUGGGACUUCUCAUCUUUUCCUCAGCCGGCUUCCUGUUGCCAGGCUAUCUGUUCUAUCACCGUAGAAACCUGAUCCUGGCAAGGGCAAGGCGUGAUAAGCUGGCCGCCCGCCAAUCAGACAAAGAGAAUGUUCCUCUUAACCAAUCAGAGAACGUAACAGCCAAUGGCAAAAAGAAUGGGCAUGUAGGUAACGGUUACACACCAAAUGGGCACACAGCUUAAAAUGAUUUAUAGGAUUUAUAUGAUCCAUUUAUUUCAUUAUAGACCAUUUGUUUGUAGUUAUGGUGCACAGGUAAAUCAACACUCUGGGACUAACAUUAACGCAGCCUCAACUCGAUCUAGACUGAGAAGAGCGGCAAUAACAGUACCAAAAAUGAAACAAGAGAGAAAUAUAUUUAAUAAAUAGUUUUCAAGCUUUAUUUAAAACACACAAAGAUCACAAACAGUGACAAGAACGUGCUACAGGAACAACUGAGAUGGAAAUAAAUAACAAUAACUUUCUGUGCCCUAAAGUAAAAGGAUUUUUUCAUGAAACACAUUAAACUUAAAAAAAAUUAGACUAUGGCUGUGUUUGAAAUCACACUCUCAUUCCCAGCUCCCUACAUUGCAGCGGACUAUAUAGGGCACUCAUUUGGCACAACAAGAAAAACAUUUCAGACACCACUCUGGCUGUCGGUAAUGAUGUAAUCUUUUUAGCAGAACUGAAUUGUGCAGCUUCAUGUCGGCAUCAAAAAUAAGGUUAAUACGGCAUGAAUUUCAAUGCUAAUUGAUAUGGUUCGUAAUUUCACAAAAACAAUUGAAUAUGAUAAAUAAAUAUCAA